CGCUGCCUCUGCAGCGUUAUUCCUCGGUUCCCUCCAUGGUGACCGCAGCCCGGAGGCCGCGUUAGGACCGCAUCCCGGCGGCUCGAUGGCAUCCCCCAGGACCAUCACCAUCGUCGCCCUUUCGGUGGCCCUGGGGCUCUUUUUUGUCUUCAUGGGGACCAUCAAGCUGACCCCGCGGCUCAGCAGGGAUGCCUACAACGAGAUGAAGCGAGCCUACAAAAGCUACGUGAGAGCCCUCCCCAUGCUGAAGAAGAUGGGAGUCAGCUCCAUCCUUCUCCGCAAGAGCAUCGGAGCCCUAGAAGUGGCAUGUGGCAUUGUCAUGACACUGGUUCCCGGCCGCCCCAAAGACGUGGCCAAUUUUCUGCUCCUCCUGCUCGUGCUGGCUGUGCUCUUCUUCCACCAGCUGGUGGGGGACCCGCUCAAGCGUUACGCCCAUGCUCUGGUCUUUGGGAUCCUGCUCACCUGCCGCCUGCUGAUUGCCCGCCAGCCCGAGGAGCAGCCACCAGAAAAGAGGAUGCUGUCGGUGAAUGGGGACGAGCAGCCGCUCCUCCACGAGGCAGCUCCUGAGAAAGGCAAAGUGAAGGUAUCUUAGUGGAGUGAGUCUGAGGAAUACGGACCCUCGAGGCAGCUCUCUCCAAAAGCACCCAGAAAAAAAUCCUUUUUUUUUUUUUUUUUUAAUUUACCUAUUUAUAUUUUUCAGCUGUCUAAAUAAAGUUUCACUUGGGGUCUGAGAGAUAUAUGGUAUGUCUACACCGUAGUCUUGCUUUUGCUGCUGGCCUGUAAUGUAGGAAGAUACAAGCUAGCUUUGAGCAGGAUGGUUUGGAGGCAGUUAGCACCUGGCUGGAGGAACAUUGGCCUCAGCAGGAGCUGCAAAACCAGAGUGUGGGCAGCUCAUCAUGCUAGAUUGGCACUCCUGAGGUGGGGGUUUGUCCCUGAGCAUAAGACCUGAGAUCCUCAGCAGUGUAAAGUUGGCCUGGAUGCACUUCUGCUACGUUACAGCCUCAGCAACAACUGCUGGGUAGAACAUUACCACUGCCCUGCACUGGCUCGUGCAGCCCAGCCCAUAGAGUCACCUCAGGCACAAAUGUACAUUUUCUUUUAUGUUGUCAGGCAGGGAAUGGACCCUACUCAGCAUUGUUGUGUUUGAGGGAGGUGUCCCACAGCCUUUGCUGCCUGUGACCAGUCUGUUGUGUGGUCCAGUGAUGCAGGGAAAACGUGAUGCACUACUUACAUCUUGGAUUUCCAUGCUUUGCAGAGGCUUUAGAACAGUGGCCUCUUAACAGUAACUUUUUCCCUAUUUAACAUGAAGCAAUGGUAUCUGUUUACCUCCCGACUGAGAAUAAGGCUCCCCGCUGAGGGGAUGGGAAGCAGAACUGCCUAAAGAAUUGCUUUUAUCCAUUACCAUAUUCCCAAAUAGUUUGCUGCUGGCAAAGAGCAUCAAACUCUCCCUUUCAAGAAAAAAAUAAAAAGAAAAAUAAAUCCCUUUUUCCAAAACUGCUGCAAUUUCUUGGAAUCCGUGGUUACUGCUAAUAGAUGAGGGUCUGAGCAUGUCUGGGUGUCACACUGUGCAUCCCAUACUUCAGUGGGAACGUCCCACUGGGGCAGGUCCUCUCACAAGACCCCAAAUCCCUGUGUGUCAAAGCUGAAAUCUUAUGGAGUGUCACGAGAAGUGUGUUUUACCUCUGAGUUCUGUUUGCUUCUGUCGAUGU